GAAUGCAGCAUCAGUUGGUGCGUGCACCGUGCUGACGAGCCGUUGCUUGUGGAAACAGCUGGUGGUUUCUGUCAGCGAACUCUUCGGGUUGAUAGCAGCAUUGGAAGGAAUAAAAGUUCAAAUUAGACUGGAAACUGACGGAGUGCGUUUUGAUUUGAGUGUCUGCUGCUGUUCCAACAGACGCCGGGAAAUGUCAUGCUGUGAAAGCUACUUUAUCCGGCACUUGUUAAUUAAUGACCUAGCUUGUUAGCCGCAGACCAGGGAAGCUCGACGCAGCCGGCUGCUAACACCAGCUAGUUAACGUUAGCUAACUUUGUACUGUCAUAGCAACUACCACGAUACAGGUGUUCCGUCAACGCAGACAAACUAUCAGCUGUCCGUUUUCGGACAGUGUAGGGCGAGGUUUUUGAUUUAUUUCAGCAUGACUCAUGUUCAUUAUAAAUUCUCCUCCAAACUCAGCUACGACACGGUGGUUUUUGACGGCCUCCACGUCACGCUGAGGGAUCUGAAGAGGCAGAUCAUGGGCAGGGAGAAGCUCCGAGCCGGGGACUGCGACCUGCAGAUCACAAAUGCACAGAACAAAGAAGAGUACACAGAUGAUGAAGGUUCGAUCCCCAAAGGCUCCUCGGUCAUCGUCAGGAGAAUCCCAAUCAUCGGAGGAAAGUCCAGCUCACACAAGACCCGCCACAUUGAGCGAUCAGACCUCCAGACUAACCACGCCUUUGGAGCCUUCAAAGCAAUGGAUGACCAGAAUUCUUCCAGAGCUGUACCCUUUUUCACCAAGAUGGCUAACCUGGCUGAUGUGGAUGUGUCAGAGGAGGAUAAGAUCAAAGUUAUGAUGAAUCAGUCCGCCUUCGACUUGAAUUACAACAAGAAGUUUACUGCUGGACUUCCUGCGAACUACACCUGUUAUCGCUGUGGAAGUACUGGACACCACAUCAGGAACUGUCCCACCAGCGGGCAGGAUAAAAACCUUGAGACCCCUGUGAGAAUAAAGAAAAGCUCAGGCAUCCCUCGUUCCUUCAUGGUAGAGGUGGACGAUCCCAGCAUAAAGGGAGCCAUGCUGACUAGCUGUGGACGUUACGCGGUUCCUGCCAUAGAUGCUGAGGCGUACGCCAUUGGCAAGAAGGAGAGGCCUCCGUUCGUUCCACAGGAGAACCCUCAGUCAGAAGACGAGGAGGAUCCUGUGCCCGAGGAACUCCUCUGUCUCAUCUGUCAUGACCUGCUGAGCGACGCCGUGGUCAUACCCUGCUGUGGAAACAGCUACUGUGACGACUGUAUUCGCACUGCCUUACUGGAUUCAGAGGAACAUGUCUGCCCCACUUGUAGCCAAUCAGAUGUCUCACCUGAUACCCUGAUAGCCAAUAAAUUUCUCCGACAGGCUGUGGACAAUUUUAAGAAAGAGCGAGGCUUCGCUAAAAGUCUGAAAAGAGGGAGUGGUGCGUCACAAUCCCAAAAUCCAACCCCGACGCCGAGCCCUGCCCCCACCCCGUCCCCUCUCACCGUGCAGAGCCAACCGCCGAAGCCUUUCCUGUCGAUCAACAGACAGCAGGACCCUCUCCGGCACAACUCGCAGGCUGUAGACACACCUCCAUCGUCUCAGGUGUGUGGGGCUACGCCCACAGCAACAAGCCCCGCCUCUUCUCCCAGCACUUCCCUCCAGCCGGUGCAAAGCAUCCUGGAAACACCCAACAAAGAGGCUGAAGAAAAGACGCACGGCGACACGGCGGAUGCUGCCGCCGCCCCGUCUGUACCGGUUUCACCCAAAGACCCAACUGAUGCUCCUUCAAAGCUGAUCCCACUGGUUGAACUUACACCAGUGGGAGAGCAGCCCCAGACGGUCAGUGUAAAUCUACAGCCGCUCCCCUCAGGUCCACCCCCAAGACCCCCUGGGCCGUCAACGUGCUGGGAAAGCUCCUCUUCCCCCUCAGGUUGUCCCACUGGAGGCUGGACUCAACCUAACACCCAGAAGCGUCCUCCCUCCUCCUCUUCAUAUCCAGCAACUCCUCCUCCUCCUCUAUUUCCCUCCCCCCAUUUCCACACAUUCCUCACCGCUCCGCAGCCUCUCAGCCCUUACCCCCCUGGAUACCCACCUGCCGUCUGGACACUCCCAAACCUCCAGGGUGCCCCCAUCCCUUCCCUGUGUCCCUCUACCGCCAUCCCUGCCCUCAUCCCCAAGGAGUGGUACAGGCAUCAGAAAAAGAAGGAAAGGUCACCUCACAGAGGAUCUUCCCACAGACGCUCCUCUUCUCGUUCUAAUUCAAAGUCUUCUAAUUCGAAAUCUUCUCGCUCCUACUCUCGCUCUUCAAGCAGGUCCAGAUCUCGGUCCAGGUCCAGGUCCCAAGGCAGAUCAAGACCCCACUCAUCUUACUCCCACCACAGGGACCCCCCCACCCGCUCUAAUUCCUCCCACUCCUAUAGUUAUGGUUACAAACGUUCUCCUACACCGUCCUCGUCUUCUUCACCUCGAGUGGCUUACCAUUCCAGGUCCAAGUCCCCGUCAGAUCACCGCAAAAACAGCCAUCACAGUCGGCACCACAAUAAGAAAUCGUCUUCGAGCAGCCACGACUCCAGGAGGCGAGGUGAACAUCACGGCUCAGGGGGAAGUUUAGCUAGUAACAUGUAUGCUCAGCAUGCAAAUCAAAGUAGCAGCCUGGACCUGGACAGAGAGCGCUACCUGCAGUGGAAAGGCGAGUACAAAGAGUGGUGUGAUAAAUAUUUCAGCAGCUAUGUCGGCCAUUUCCACCAGAUGCCUCUUCCCCUCCUCAAUCUUCUUCGUCCUCCUCAGUGGGGGAACAGAGAAGAAAGCGGACAUCCCUUACACGCUAACUCGGACUCUCACAACCAACUCCAAGGUAGACGCACCGCCCGACUGGACGGACGCUCCCCUCCAUCGCAGUCAUCCAGUGACAGCCGCUCCCCUCCGUCUCAGUCUUCACGUUACAGACGCUCCACGCCCUCUCAGUCAUCCAGUGACAGCCACUCCUCUCCGUCUCAUUCUUCCAGCGACAGCCGGUCCCCUCCCUCUCAGUCGUCCAGCGACGGGCGCUCAACACCAUCCGAAGACGGAGCUCAGCCGAGGGCAAGUCAGCAGAGUCGCACUGAGAAGUACAGCCGCCUGCCAAUCGCAUUUCCAAAGGGCAGUGAGGAAGUGGAUCUGCAAGAAGGAUGCAAAGACAAGCUAAUCACCAAGAAUUUGGAGAACCGCAGCAGCUUAAAACAUGAGCAAAAGAGCAUGAAGAAAUAUGAGAAAGAUAGAAAAGAGGAGUCAGACUCGACAGAGGACUGCAGAAAGGAGAAGAGGAGGCACAACCCUGGAACAAAGGCCUGCAAGGGUGGCAGCCCAGCACGGGACGAAGCAACUGCCAGUGAUGCCUUAGAAUCUGCCCGACCUCUCCUGAAACCAGAUAAACGUUUGGAUAAAGACUAUGAAAGAAAACGCAGAGAACAAAAUAAUUCAGAAAUGGAGAAAGGAUGUAGAAGAGGCGAACAUUCAGACUCCAGGAAGGAUGUGGGGAGACGGCACCGAGAAAAGCCCAAGAAAGAGGCAGGCAGAGUGGACACGGACAGAUACAGAGACCCUGGAGGAAGCAGAGCUUCUGACUCCAGAUCAGAGAAGAAUAGAAAAAGAAAACGAGAGGACACGGAGAGAGGUUUUGUGAAGGCUCAAAGCAGCAAAUGCCUUAAGGACCCCGAAACCCCCAAGAGUGAAUCCCCAAAUCCAUUUGACAGAAAGAAGCCAAAGAUGGAGAAGAAAAUGGACAGGAAACCCUGGCCUUUGACAGAGAGAGACAUCUGGGAGGGAGGGAUAAAGGUAAAACCACAGAAGAAGAUAAGCAUCAACAUAAACCUGGAAGGGAAAAUGAAGGAUGAGAGCGUUACAGGAAAAACUCAAUCAGAAAUUGAUGCUGGUAAUAGAACAGAAAUAGAAGCAAAUGAAAAGAAGGAAUCCAGCAGAGACAUGGAAGGUGUGUCUGGAGAACAAAUAAAACCAGAAGGAGAGGCAAGACAGAAAUGGGAGAAAGCUACCUUCAGGGAUGAUGCAGGAGAGGAAAAAGACAUUGGAGAGAAGAAAGACGUCAGAGAAAAGGAGGACUUUGACGUAUGGCAUAGUCCCCGCAGAGAAGUGGAGGAGGAGAGUAAAAAACAGUGGGAUGAAAGAGACGGGAUGGCGGCCAGCAAAGGAGAAGAGGUGACAAAUGACAGGAGGAGGAGCGUGAGGAGAGGAAAGGAAGGACAAGCGACCGGAGAGUUGGUCGCAGAAACCCGGGAGGAGAGGGCAGAGGGAGAAAGCCCAUUCAAGGUAAACAGAGGAAACUUGCCGGGGGAGUCAAAACCAGAGGAGGCGCCGAUGGAGGGAGGGAAGUGGAGGGAAGAAGGAGACACUAUGAGGUCCAAGUCCCAGAAGGGCAGAAACAAGGGCCGCCAUGACGGACCGAAAACUGCGUUGGACGGUGGCAGCUAUGAGGAUCUUCAGGAGAAGAAGACGGAGGUGACAACACUGGAGGAAUACACCCAGGACAGAGCUGCAGACCAAGAGGACAAGCUCGUAGUCACACAGGUCCCUCGCUCCAAAUGGGAAAAGGAAAAAUCUGAGGAAGGAGCAAUCGAAGUUCAAGCGGAUGCUCUUGCAACAUUUCUGCCUUCACCGUCCAUGUCUGUGACCGCUGAGACAGCAACCACCAUUGAAACAGAUCAUGGGGGAAAGAGAGAGAGGGCAGUGGAAAUAGAGAGAGGAAGGUACAGGGAGAGAGAGAAAACUCCCAUUUUGUCCACUUCACAGAGUAGUGUGGCUCCCUCUAGUGGCAGAGACCGAACUGACAGAGACGGGGAGAAGAGGAUGGAUAGACGGAGGGACAGGGAGAGGGAGAGGGAGAGAUCGAGGAAUAGGCCUAAAGAGAGCAAACGAUCGAAAGAGAGAACAAGGGAGGGAGAGACAGGGAGGGAGCAAGGCAGGUUUGCCUCGGCCCCGAAGAGGAAUCCCCCUUCCUCCUCUCACUCCUACUCCUACUCUUAUUCAAUGUCACAUGACACAGAGAGGAAAGACAGGCAGCGAGAGGGCGACCCAGUCGGGAAAUUCUCCGGUGGCAGCAGCAGGGAAAACGGCGUGAUAAGCAGAGCUACCAAACUGCCUGAUGAAAAGGUCCAUAAGACGUAUAGAGACACGUUACUGGGCUCAAACUUUAAAGACAAAGACCAUACCCACAAUGACCAAGAAGAGGGAGGGAGAGAGCUGGAGGAAGGGGAGAGGCGCAGCAGCCGCAGCAACAGCACCAGUUCGUCAGCUAGCAGGGAGAACGGCAGGGGCGACGGGAGAAAAGAGAAGAAACAAAAGAAGCACAAACAGGAGAAGAGGCAAGCCGCCCCGGAGCUGCUGAAGAAACAGAAACUCGAGAAGAAGACGUCAAAGAAGAGCAGAGAUGGGAGAGGAGAGGAGAGUAGUGGAGAGGAGGAUGACGCCAAGCUCUGCUCAGUUAUGUUGUCUUGACUGUCGUAGAAGAAACAUUUUACCUACUUGAAUGAUGUUUUUCCUUUCUGUCCAAAAAGUGCCUGGAUACUUUUUUUUUUCAACUUUGUUUUCCCAGGAUACUUUUUGUAUCGCCUUAAGAUAUCUCCUAUCAAAUAUGCAUCAUCCAAAAUGAAAGUGAACAACUUGUGAAGGAAAAGCACUUUAUACUACAUAUAAGAAAAAUUAAUGUGAAUGAAAGCAAAUGUUAAACCUUGGACAUCUUGAAUUAUUUAAAGUUCAAGGAAUUUGCACAUGCUCAGGACUGCCACCAACUAUGGUUUGAAUACUUAACCUGCAAUGUUACAGCUUGAUUGGAGGAAAUCUUACAUUUUGACGACACGUCAAUCAGUAAUUUGAUUUGCCUCACACAGAAGCACAGGAGUGCUUAUAGAGGAUUAUUGAGAAGAGUUUGUGAUUAAGUUUGAAACGUACUGUGAAUAUUUAUGAUUUCAACCUCUGUGUUGUAUUUUAUUUUUCCUUUUGUAAAUGUUUAAUUUAAAAUCAACUGCUGGAUGGAUAAAUAAUUUAACAGAGGAUAUUUGAGUUUUUCCUGUUUUGAAGGAAAUAAAAAGAUACAUCCAUAAAA